GGAUUGGCUUCAUCUAACCGCUCUUAUCCAUGAUCUUGGGAAGGUUAUGACUCUUCCACAGUUCGGUGGACUUCCUCAAUGGGCUGUUGUUGGUGACAUGUUCCCUGUUGGGUGUGCGUUUUAUGAAUCUAACGUACACCACGAGGUAAAUAUUGUUAGUAGAAUUUAUGAUUUUUUAAUAAAAAUUAUACCAAAUCACGAGUAUAUAUGUACUUCUUUUUUUUUGGGGACAAAAUCACGAGUAUAUAUGUACAUAAGUCUAAAAUUAUACGUACACUCUGUCUUUCUUUUCUGGGCAGUAUUAUAUGGAAAACACACUGAUUUUUACAACAAGGACUACAAAUAAACAUUGAUAGCGAUCAAAACACGAUGCAUGCAACAGUCAGGUUAAACAAAUUACAUAGCUCGAUGAAUCACUAAACAUUGUUUUAUGCAUGUCCACAUCGCUUCACAUAAUUUUCAAUCAAAAAUAAAAUGAUGACUAAGCUAUUCCUAUUUUAGCCAAGCCAUAGAGAAGAGGGACACUUUGGAUUGAUUAUAUAUGUAUGUUUCAUUCAAACACAUUAUGUUGCAUCCUUUUCUUUAUGUACAUAUAUAUUUGAAAAACAUUUAUAUUGCAUCCUUUUCUUUUCUUCUCUCCUAUAAAAGAUACCACAUGUUGAGAGAAGUUAUAAAAUAUAAAUUGCAACAACUAGAGACUAGAGUGAGAGAGAGAGGAUCGCUAAGGAAAUUUAGCUAGAGAAGGUGAAAGAGUGUAAUAGAAGACCGAUCAUUAAGAAGAAAUGUACGAUGAACAAAUGGUUCUCGACUAUAUACCACACGCUAAUGAAAUUAUGCUUAUUUGUUUGUUUUGUAUGCAUGAGAUAACAUAUAAGUAAUUAUAGGUCAUGUGUAAUCCCAGCUUUAUUUUAAGGACGCUUUGACUUUUAAGAUACUAUUCAACAUUGCUAAAUUCAUUCAAAUUUGCUUUAAUUAACUCUAAUUUUGAAAUCAAAGAACUAUUUAAUAUGUAAGAGUCCUGAUAUUAAGACAAAAACUUAAUAAUUAAGACGAAAACUUAAUAGAUUCACCUCUUUGGAAGCAUCAUGUGAACAGAUAAUUUUUCCGGAAACAAAUAAUUUAUACAGUAAUUGAGUUAUGAGCAUCAAGCUGAUGAUGAUACAGAAAAAGUAAAUAUUUGUAAUUUCUCUAUAAUAGUUUCUGCUUAUAUUUUGCUUAUAUUUUACCUAAAUUUUGCUUAAAUUUUGCUUAUUUUAGUUUAACAAAUUACAAUAUUUAUUACAUGAGAUAUUUUUGCUUAAAAAGUAAAUAGUUGAUAUGUAUUAUAUAUUGUAACAUUGAAUGUGUGGAAAAAUCUGUUUUUGUCACAUGUGGAAGAUUGUAACAAGAUAUUUUGUCAUGCAUGUGUGGAAAAGCAAAUCGAUAUGAUUCAGAUAACAUAUAAAGUAUAUAGGCCACACAAUGCUGAGUCAAAAACCAAUAUAUAUUUUAAGAACAUUUUGACUUGUACAACAAAGCUACAAUAAAGUAAUUAACACCUUUUCCCUACUUUUUGAGGGACAACUCAUUGUUAAUUGUUAUUGUUAUACACUUUUUAAGGACAACUCAUUGUUGUAAUUUUUUAGCAUUUUUUCCCCUUUUUGCAUGUAAAUUAGAAAAUCUGUUUUUUUUUUUCUAAAACAAAAUUCUAGUUAAACGUUUAUUUAGUGGAAAGUUCCAAAUCAAAACGAAAAUUCGAUCAAAUAUAAACAAGAAUAGAAAUGACCAAAUCUUAUCUAAUAGGUCAAAAAUAGCAAAAAAUUUACACCAAAAAAAUCAAAUCAUGACUGACAUUAGUUUCCUUUAUCCUAAACUUAAAUUCGAAAAUACUAAAAAACAAAAAACAAGAAAGUCGUUUCUGGUUUUGGAUAAAUAUAAAAGCAGUUGUUUUUGAAAAAAAAAUAUACAUAAUUCGUCAACAAAGACUUAUAUUUUCUCCAAAUAUAAAUACCGUAACGUCAUCAUCGCAGAAGUAUAUAUAUAAUCUAAAAAGCAAAACGAGUUAUUUCAUUUCCUAUCUCAAUUAAAUCCUAAAUCAUCGUAAUUAACCAGUAUUCUCUUUCUUUUUCGUUUCUUCUCUUUUAAAAAAAAUCCGUUCUUAGAAGAUGACAAUCUCUGUUGAGAACCCGAUUUUUGUAGAGAAGGUUUCUGCAUUCCAGAAGAAGAGUGAGGACAAGACCGGAGAGUUGAAAUUGGACGGAGGAGUUUUGAUACCAAACAUGGCCACCAAAGACGACGAAGCCUUUUUGGCACCUGACAUGAAUGCAUUUGGCCGUCAAUUCAGGGACUACGAUGCUGAGAGUGAGAGGCAGAAGAGCGUCCAAGAGUUUUAUAGAUUACAACAUAUUAACCAAACUGUCGACUUUGUGACAAAGAUGAGGGCGGAAUAUGGUAAAUUAGAUAAGAAGGUGAUGAGCAUUUGGGAAUGCUGUGAGCUUCUCAACGAGGUCGUGGACGAGAGUGAUCCAGAUCUUGACGAGCCUCAGAUUCAGCACUUGCUUCAAUCUGCCGAAGCCAUCCGCAAGGAUUACCCUAAUGAGGAUUGGCUUCAUCUAACCGCUCUUAUCCAUGAUCUUGGGAAGGUUAUUACUCUUCCACAAUUCGGAGGACUUCCUCAAUGGGCUGUUGUUGGUGACACAUUCCCUGUUGGGUGUGCAUUUGAUGAAUCUAACGUACACCACAUGUACUUUAUGAAAAACCAAGAUUUUCACAACAAAGCCUACAACACUAAAAAUGGGAUUUACUCUCAAGGAUGUGGACUGAACAAUGUCAUGAUGUCAUGGGGACAUGACGACUACAUGUACCUGGUGGCUAAAGAAAACGGAAGUACAUUGCCAUCCGCAGGACAGUUUAUCAUACGAUACCAUUCCUUUUAUCCAUUGCAUACGGCUGGAGAAUACACCCAUCUCAUGAACGAGGAAGACACGGAGAACCUCAAGUGGCUACACGUUUUCAACAAGUACGAAUUAUACAGUAAGAGCAAAGUGCACAUUGAUGUGGAGAAGGUUAAGCCUUACUACAUGUCUCUUAUCAAGAAAUAUUUUCCGGAGAAUUUGAGAUGGUGAAAAAAAAUUCCCAUGCAUGGAGGAUUUGUGGUUUGAUUAAUUCAUUUAUAAAUAUUUACACAUCGUCCAGUUAAUGUGAAUCUAUGGUAAUUGUAUUAAUAUUAUAUGCUCUUAUGUUAAUGUGUAUAUGCUUUAAUAAUAUAAGAUCUUAAAUAACAAAAUUUAUAUAUAAUCGAAAGUGUACACUAGAGUAAAUCCAUGCUUAAUCACUGUUGUAAAAUAAACUGUAAAAUGUACAAUUUAUCUUAAACUAUAAAAUAAACAAAAGUUUACUAACA